AUGUCGCCAGGAAAGAAACGACGCAUCCUGUUCUCCUAUCUUAUCCGGAUCCUUCUCCCGCUGUUGGCCAACGAAUGGUUUAUGAAUUGGAAGCUUGCUAGGUAUAAGGCGACAAAAGCGAAAGAUGACACUGUGGAGUUUCUGAGGAUUUUCUUUGAAUAUAUACCAGACCUUGGACAGAAACACCUCCUAAAGGAUGUGGCGAGGUGCUUGGGUGAUGAAGAACUACGCCAGCUAGUAGAGCGCAUCGAGUUUGGGCUGUUACGACCCAUGUUAUCUCCCCGACCUGAGAUAGUGAAGUCUAUCGAAAAGUCGAUAUGCAAUAAGUGUCUGUCAAGAGACGGGAACCGGUGCGUCAUCACAGGGGUUCCCAUCACGGCGCGGCACUUGAACAAAUUCGGGAAAUCGACCGAAAUUCAGCUCAGUGCUGCCCAUAUCAUCCCAUUAGACAUGGCCAUGGAUAUCAAGCGGGGGGUUCUCCAACAUCACCCACAGAGCUCAGAUAUGGACGAGAGAUACCAGCAUGGGAAAGUGUGGGAUAACCUCCAGCGGUACUUCAGAUUCCGUAUCCUCGAUCAGCAGAAUUCGCCGUCUCUGCCGGAUAUCUUCGAAUUCGAGAAAGAACAAAACAGGAUGAUUAUGGCCGUAUCGAUUCGUCGCGAGUUCGAGAUGUUCCACUUUGUCCUCGAAGCCACGCAGACCCCUAACCACUAUUAUUUCAAGGGGUUUUCCGAAUUACCCAGCUACUUUAUGGUGUUUGCGCCUCGUGAUAGGAUUGUGAAGCUGAGAAGCUAUGAUUCGAGAUAUCCACUCCCAAGCGCCAUUCUCCUUUCGAUCCAUGCCGCUAUAGGGAAUAUUCUGCACCAAAGUAGUCGCGGGGAGAAGAUUGAACAGUUGAAGGAAGAUCUGUCGCGCGGCCGCCAUGGCUUGGCUGGUGCCGGGAGCUCAAAAAUUGAGGAUAUUUUUUCACUGAGCAAACUCUCAUCACUCAUAUCCUCUGAUGAAGGGUAA